CAUACAAAGAGAGAUAUCACCAUCCUUCUCAGUCUCUCUCUUGGUGAUGAAUGCUGAUUUUGCCCCGUAGUUGGUGCUCAUCCUUCCGCUUAACCCUCCUCCAUUGAACACACACAAACACAACACACAGAAUUUUUGCGUUAUUUUUAUUUUUCUCUCCAUUUUGCACAAUAGUGGAUAAGACCCUUCUCAAUCCCCUCCAAAAUUCAAGGAACUUGCUCACAAUCCCAAUCCUCCACAGCACCAAAUCACAUCCCAAAUCUUCCUCAUAGAGCUUUCACUUUCACUUUUUGGCUUUGGUUAAUCUUGCUCCCCAAUUGUGUUGAAACCUAGAAUCCGCCUCAAGAUAUGAGAUCCACUUAAAGAAGAAUCCACUCCGUAUAAUUUGUCGCUCUUCUUCAUUGCAUUUUUGCUUGGGGGAGAGUCAAAGAUUAAUCCUUGGAGAUACUGAGAUUCAUUUAAAGAAGAAUUUGCUCCUCUUCUUCAUUGCAUUUUUGGAUAUAUGGACUAUUGCUUGAGAGAGCUAGAAGGAAAGCAAGCACAUGACCCUCUAUUCCUACAGAAAAUGAAGAAUUCAUCAUCACAAAGCACUACUACUAGUAGUGAGAGAUGUGUGUGGGUGCCAGGGCCAGUGAUUGUGGGAGCAGGGCCUUCAGGGCUUGCAACAGCAGCAUAUCUCAAAGAAAAAGGAUUGCCAAGCCUAAUCCUAGAGAGAUCCAACUGCAUAGCAUCCUUGUGGCAGCUCAAGACCUAUGAUAGGCUUCACCUUCACUUGCCAAAAAACUUCUGUCAACUCCCCUUGAUGGGGUUCCCUUGUGAUUUCCCUACAUACCCUACAAAGCAACAGUUCAUAGAGUACUUGGAGAGCUAUGCUGAGAGCUUUGACAUUAGGCCAAGGUUCAAUGAGACGGUCCGGCGCGCCGAAUUCGACGCCACGCUCGGCUUCUGGAGGGUGAAGAGCUUCAACAAGAAGGAGGUAGCAACAGAGUUUGUGUGUAGGUGGUUGAUUGUGGCCACUGGGGAGAAUGCAGAGGCUGAGGUGCCUGAGAUUGAGGGAAUGGGAGAGUUUGGUGGGGCCAUAAAGCACACAAGUUUUUAUAAGAGUGGGGAAGAGUUUAGAGGGAAGAGGGUGUUGGUGGUUGGGUGUGGGAAUUCAGGGAUGGAAGUGUGUUUGGAUCUUUGCAACCAUAAUGCUACUCCUUCUCUUGUGGUCAGAGAUACAGUACAUAUCUUACCACGAGAGAUGCUGGGAAAAUCAACUUUUGGGUUGUCCAUGUGGUUGCUCAAGUGGCUCCCUAUCCGGUUUGUGGAUUGGUUCCUUCUCAUAGUGUCAUGGCUCAUGCUUGGUGACACGGCUCGGUUCGGAUUGGACCGGCCAAAAUUGGGUCCCCUUCAGCUUAAAAACUUGUCCGGAAAGACACCAGUGCUAGAUGUGGGUACCCUUGCCAAGAUCAAAAGUGGACACAUAAAGGUAAGACCUGGCAUCAAGCGGUUAAAACGAUAUACAGUUGAAUUUGUUGGUGGAAGGACAGAGAAUUUUGAUGCUAUCAUAUUGGCAACUGGUUACAAAAGUAAUGUGCCCUAUUGGCUAAAGGAAGAUGAUAUGUUCUCUAAGGAAGAUGGGUUCCCUACGAAGCCAUUCCCAGAUGGAUGGAAGGGUGAGAAUGGGCUCUAUGCAGUUGGUUUCACCAAACGUGGACUACUUGGUGCAUCAAUGGAUGCCGAGAGAAUAGGUGAAGAUAUUGAAAGGUGUUGGAAGGAAAAGCAUAGUAGCACUUCUUUUUCUCUCUCACUUAAUGUGCCACAAUCCAAUUCAUGAUGGGUUUGAGCUUGGUUUUGGCCCAAUUAGAGGUUAUAGAGAAGAGAUUCAUUAAAGUUAAGUUAUUAUACACAUGAAUAUUUGAGACGGGGGGAUUUUUGUGGUGCCAUCACAUUCACAUGUGCACAAUGCUAUGCUAGCUAGUACCAAGAGAGUAGUGCUCCUCCAAUCCAUGCAAGGAAAAGUGGACAAAAAAGGGGGGCGGGGGCAAUUGGUGGGGGAAAAAAUUCCCAUGGUGGUGCCCUUCAGCUUAAUUUUGAUGGAUACUCACUUGUCAACAUAUAUGGAUUUAAGAAUGAGAUGUUGAAUUGAAAUUGAAGAGGGAUUCUAGCUUGGGGUGGGGUAGGGGAAAUUUUUUCAACCUUAAGUUUUUUUUCUCAUAUAUUUAGGUUUGACUUUCUAGAGAUCAAGGGAAGCAAAGUGACUAAAAAAAGAAGAUGAGAGUUGAAGAAGAAAUUCUCUAGAGCUAGUGUUUGAUAUGUGAUUGUGGUUUAACCUAUAUUCCCAUGGAAUAUUUUGUAUUUUUUAAAUAUAUAUGAAAUAGAGUAUGAAAUUUUGAUGCUU